CUUGUUGUACAGGUUUUAGGGAACAAACCAGCGCUUCCCGAGUGCAGUGAUGAUGAUGAUGAGCUGGCUGAUAUUACAAACAGGAGAAGUGCUAAACUAUAUAUGGUGUCAGAUGCAAGCGGAUCUGUGAAGGUGUCCGUGGUAGCAGAGGAAAACCCCUUCUCCCAGGCCAUGCUUUUGUCUGAGGAGUGCUUCAUUUUGGACAAUGGUGCUGCAAGGAAGAUCUUUGUGUGGAAAGGCAAAAACGCUAACCCACAAGAGAGGAAGGCCGCCAUGAAGAAUGCUGAACAAUUCCUACAGCAGAUGAAUUAUCCUGCCAACACACAGAUUCAAGUCCUUCCUGAAGGAGGUGAAACGCCAAUUUUCAAACAAUUUUUCAAAGACUGGAAGGAUAAAGAUCAAAGUGAUGGCUUUGGCAAAGUAUAUGUCACAGAGAGAGUGGCUAAGAUUGAGCAGAUUGAAUUUGACGCUGCCAAGUUACACGAGUGUCCACAAAUGGCUGCCCAGCAUAACAUGGUAGAUGACGGUUCAGGGAAAGUAGAGAUCUGGCGUGUGGAAAGCAGCGGCAGAGUUCCUGUGGGACCUGAGACGUAUGGACAGUUCUACGGCGGUGACUGUUACAUUGUCCUCUACACUUACCCUAAAGGGCAGAUCAUCUACACAUGGCAGGGAGCCCAUGCUACAAAAGAUGAACUGACUGCCUCUGCAUUUCUGACAGUUCAGCUGGAUCGGUUAUUGAACGGUCAGGCUGUGCAGAUCCGAGUCAGCCAAGGCAAAGAGCCUGCACACUUACUGAGCUUGUUCAAGAGCAAACCACUUAUUAUCUACAAGGAUGGGACAUCCAAGCAGGAAGGUCAGAAACCUGCUCCACCCACACGACUCUUCCAGAUCCGCAGGAACCUGGCAGCCAUUACUAGGAUUGCGGAGGUUGAUGUUGAUGCAAUUUCACUAAACUCUAAUGAUGUCUUUGUUCUGAAACUGCCAAACAACUCUGGCUACACCUGGGUAGGAAAAGGAGCAAACAAAGAGGAGGAACAAGGAGCUCAAUACAUUGCCAGCGUUCUUAAAUGCCAGACCGCUAAGAUUAAUGAAGGCCAGGAACCCGAGGAAUUCUGGAAGGCGCUUGGAGGUAAAAAAAAAUAUCAGACUUCAUCACAACUGUUGACAAAGGGUGAAGAUCAUCCCCCUCGCCUGUAUGGUUGUUCUAAUAAGACUGGCAGAUUUAUUAUUGAGGAGGUCCCAGGAGAAUUCACUCAGGACGAUUUGGCUGAAGAUGACGUCAUGUUGCUGGAUGCUUGGGAGCAGGUUUUUGUCUGGAUUGGGAAGGAUGCUAAUGAAACUGAGCGAGAGGAAUCUGUUAAAUCUGCCAAACGCUAUAUUGAAACAGAUCCUUCUGGCAGAGAUAAGGGGACCCCCAUUGUAAUCGUGAAGCAGGGGCAUGAACCCCCAACAUUCACAGGCUGGUUCCUGGCUUGGGACUCUAACAAAUGGAAGAACUGAUCUAUCCAAGGAGGCUUCAGCUUCAAGCCAAAGAAUGAUCAGACCCCAGCUACUUUCUAGUAUUUUUAAGCAUAAGCUUGUGCAAUGAUAUGACGUAUCUAUUGUUACGCUUUCCCAAGCUUCAGUAUGUUUCUAUGAAUAACAUAGAAAUUCUUAGCACUGGAAAGGAUACAUGAUAAUUGUAAACUGGUCAAAUGGAGUGAGUGGGGCUUUUCAUAUAGUAAAUAUGGAAAGUGCUACCAAUACUUUCUUUAAUCUAUUGAUUCUUCAAACAGAAGCUGCGGAUCAGUUUAUUUUAAUGUGCUAAAAUGGGCCAAAUUUUGCCUUCACUUAAAAAUCCAAACUAAUGCCACAGAAAUUCCUUUAGAUUAAGGUCAGCAUAAUAUUGUGCAGAAUUUGGCCUGAUG